CAUGUAAAGCGGACAGCAGGAAGUACACCCUCAACAACAAUUACUUUUUCGGAAACUUUUACCAGCGUUAACCCAGUAAAAGCAAUGUAAAGUGUACAUUCAUCUAACGAGUCGUUGGACAUAUAACUGAGGAGCUCAGCUUUAUCUCGGUCGACAGUGAGACACUUUCAGCGGUUCAGACUGGUUCAUCUUCUUUGUUUGUUUACAUAAUGAAAAGCUCCUAAGCUAACGUUAGCAACCUAGCUUGGUAGAACCGAGUCAUAUGAGCUGUUAAUUAUCCACAAGCUUUGUCCUCAUGAAUGAAACUUAACACUAGUGACAGAGCCCAACGAGCCUGGACAUAAGUGACGCAGUGAGCCGGUGAAAGUGUAACAAUGCGAAGCUAACGCUUAAUGUGUCGAGCGUUGGUUAAAUAGUGUUGUCACUGUACCUGCGGCGGUGUUUAAGGCCCUACAGCGUCUUCAUGUCAAGAUGCCUUGCUCCUGUGGGAACUGGAGAAGAUGGAUUAGGCCGCUGGUGGUUGUGCUGUACAUAUUGUUGCUGUUAGUCGUCCUGCCCCUGUGUAUCUGGGAGCUGCAGAAGUCAGAGGUUGGCACUCAUAAUAAAGCAUGGUUCAUCGCUGGGAUAUUUGUCUUCAUGACCAUACCCAUAUCAUUAUGGGGCAUUCUCCAGCAUCUGGUUCACUACACUCAGCCAGAGCUGCAGAAACCUAUCAUCAGGAUAUUAUGGAUGGUCCCAAUCUACAGCUUGGAUAGUUGGAUUGCAUUGAAGUACCCUCGUAUAGCAAUUUAUGUGGACACAUGCAGAGAGUGCUACGAGGCCUAUGUCAUCUACAACUUCAUGACCUUCUUGCUAAACUACCUGGAGAAUCAGUACCCCAGCCUGGUGUCGAUGCUGGAGGCCCAGGAGCAGCAGAAACACCUUCCCCCUCUUUGCUGCUGUCCGCCCUGGCCAAUGGGAGAGGUUUUGCUGUUGAGAUGCAAACUAGGAGUGUUGCAGUACACUGUUGUGAGACCCGUCACAACAGUGAUUGCCUUGAUCUGUCAGCUGUGUGGCGUGUAUGAUGAAGGCAACUUUAGUUCGAAAAAUGCAUGGACGUACCUGGUGAUCUUCAACAAUAUGUCACAGCUGUUUGCCAUGUACUGCCUGGUGCUGUUCUACAGGGCUCUGAGAGAGGAACUGAGUCCAAUCAAACCAGUGGGCAAAUUCCUAUGCGUCAAAAUGGUGGUGUUCGUCUCCUUCUGGCAAGCUGUGUUUAUUGCUUUGCUGGUGAAAGUGGGUGUUAUCUCAGAGACGCGUACAUGGGACUGGCAAAGUGUGGAGGCUGUAGCUACUGGGUUACAGGAUUUCAUCAUCUGUGUGGAGAUGUUUCUGGCAGCCAUCGCCCAUCACUUCAGCUUCACCUACAAGCCUUACAUCCAGGAGGCUGAGGAGGGUUCUUGCUUUGACUCUUUCAUGGCGAUGUGGGACAUCUCUGAUGUCAGAGCAGACAUUUCUGAGCAAGUCCGCAAUGUUGGGAGAACAGUAAUGGGUCGUCCGAGGAAGUCCUACUUUGGUGAGGCACAGAAUGACGGUGAGCGGUCGGGCCUCCUCUCUUCAGCCUCCCAAGAUGCCAUCUCAGAGGUGGUGCAAAACCCCGUGUCACCCAAAGGUCAAUACGAGGGCCUGGGCAGAACCCUCACACCGCACUCUCUGUCAGCCCCCGCUGGGCUGAGCUCAGCCCCGUGGGAUGAAGGAUAUGAGGCUAGUGUUGAAGAGACCCAGGAAGAGGACAGGACCAACCAAACCAAAGAACCAACAGAAGGAGAUCUCAUCGUGAUCACCUAGCCUAUCGUUACGGCCGACGACAUCACCCACAGACUACCAGACAUGGUUGGGCAGGACCCAAUUACAGCCUUGCCAUAUUUCUUCAAACAUUUCUGGACUGAUGAAACAUUAAAUAAACUGUUUCAAAGGGCACAUCAAACAAGUGAUAGUAGAAGUCUGCCAACAAAUGCAAAACCAGAUGGACCUCUCUGCCGGUGACAGCUCCAAGAAUGUUCAGUGAAGUUAUGGUACUAAAUGACUCGCAGAUAUUGUCAUACUUGGGAGCUCAGUUGGCUCGGCCAAAAUGGGUAUUAAGUCACUGUAAUCGUGAAAGUCUUUUGGUCAAUUUUAACGUGCAUCCCAAAGAGCACACUAGUCGUGUUUCUUGAGAUAAGACGCCAAAUAAUGCCUCCUAAAGUUUGAGCGAAGCUUCCAUGUGUAUCCUCUCCAGAUUGGAAGUUAUUACGCACUUUUUUUGGGUGUCAUCUCAGUCAUAUCAUGAUCUCACGUGACAGAUGGUUAAGGGAAAUAUGCAACUUUUAAAAUACAAAUGUUUUCUUUACUCUUUAUCUUAGUUCGUAGUGAUUUCACAGGACGUCGAUUGAAGCAAUUGUAAAUCAAACUUUGAUAGUAAAGCACAUUAGAUGUCCAGAAUCACGUUUUGUUUGUUCCUAGCCUGUGUAAGAUGUGUGAAAAGAGCCGAAGCAACAACUUUAAUGGGAUGCACAGUUAAGAAAAACAAAUGAACAUGGCACAUGCUGAGAAAUGUGUCCUAACUGACAGUGUGACAUCACUACAGAAUUAAUAUUAAAGGUCCAGUUUGUAGGAUUUAGUGGCAUCUCUUGGCAGAAAUGGUAUUUGAUACUCAUAAUUUAUGUUUCCUUAAGUACCUGAAAAUAAGAAUUGUGUUUUCAUUACCUCCUCCACAGACGUUUCAGUUCUGCAACCUGACAGCUAGAUGCCUUUAAAUCAUACCAACUGGACCUUUAAUGUAAUGUAUUUCCUAAGGGUUAUAACAAGUAGUAUUAAGUAUUAAAACAACAUACACAGUUCAGUUACAAUCAACACAUUCUAGUGAAUUCCCAUCAAUGCUUUACAGCAUACAGCUCACUCUAUCAUGUUUAAUAGAGAUUUGUUCACUAGUCUUUUCAGAUGCCUUGUUUCAUGUGCUGUUGAACUCAUGUAUCCACUACAUCAAUUUAGCUUUUAUAUUCCAGGAUCAGUUUUAUUUGAUGAGAUGUUUCCAAUUGUUUUAGCCUUUGUUUAGAUAAAGUUACUUUGCAGCUGUUGCACCGAAGCCAUUUACUUUUUACCCGCAGAUUUUCUAAGCUCUUUCAUCAUCGUGACUUACAUGGAUUUGUGCAGGGGUAUUGACAUGUUUAAUGUACCGUGUGAGAUAUCAGUUUGUGUCAGGGAAAAAAUACAAAUGAAUCAGCAGUGUAAUCUGCAUCAUGUCCAGCUAAAGAAUGUUGCAUUGCCUUACAUUAUUUUAUUUUUUUUAAAUUAAAACUGACAGGAUUACAUCAAAGCUGAUGUAAAUGGUACCACGUUUUAAUUUAAUUCCAUCUCUGACAGUCUCUUCAAUAAAUCAGAUUAACUACA